CAUUCACUAAAGUACCUUUUAGAAAUUUCAAUAUGAAAUAUCUUCUAUUUUUUCUAUAUACCCUGCUUCCAACUUAUGUUCUUUUAAAGCCUACUGAAGAAAUAUCUACCUUAAAUUCAGAGGAUUCGGUAGAAAGCCGUGCUGGGAUCGUAGAUGUACUAAAUCCAGCCAACUUGUUCAAUUCUUCUAAUGAUAAUAAAGAUAAUUCUAUCUUAAAACCACUACAAAGUUUAACGCAAAUAAAUAAUAUGGGAGACACACUAAAGGAUACCAAAAUCUUCUUUGCCUCUAUCCAAGGACUUGUGAUGCCUGGUAAUGUUGCGACAGCUGGCAUUAGUAAUUUUUUCAAGUAUUUUGAAGGCAUUCAAAAUAUCCCUAACGUGAAUAUCUUUAAUCAAAAUAAGACAUAACAGAUAUUGUAUUACUAAUGUAUCAGUAAAAUAUUGUA